AGACCGAUGAACACUAAUUUAACUUCUAGAGAACUUUUUUUUCUGCUAGGAUUUUAUAGUGUGAGCUUCGCUAACAUAAUUAAUUAAUGUAUUCUUGAAUACAUUUUUUAUGCUGAAACAGUGAUAUAAAAUGAAAAGAGUAUAUAAGAUAUGAGUGGGGUAGAGUUACAGAAAUAAUAUUCAUUUUGGAUUUUUAUCAAGAAGCAUUCACGUGCAGAUCUUAUCUUCUAUUUCCGGCCGCCUGGCGCGUGCUAAGAAGCCACAAUUGGGUCCAAAAUUAGUUUUAUGCGCUCUGGCGUUUACAUCGUGAACGAGCCGCAGCCAGACGCAGAAAGUAUUUCAAAUUUUGAUGAACCAAAUCAGAUCUUAGUAAAUAAUAUGGAACAACCGGACGUACCGCAGCAACAGAUUGAGGGCACGUCGAUUGACCCCUUAGUGCCAGCGGAAGGAACUGAAGUUGAUAACAUUGGUGAAGAGCAAAUAAGUGAAAAUGAGAUAAAUGAACAGGAAGUAGGAGAACCUGUAGUGAAAGAAAUGACUCCUGAAGGAGAUGCCCCGUUAGCGGAGCAAGAACGUGACAGUGGUCUGCAUGUUCCUCCACCAUCACCAAAUAAUUGUGAAAGUGAAGACGAAGCUAAAAUUUUAAUGCAAGAUGGUGAUGAGCCGGAAUUAAUGAAAAUCGAGGAUGUUCCUACCCCAGAAAAAGAGGACAUUGUUUUUAUCGAAUCUGAACCUACUCCACUAGAGGAAUCUACUCCGAAAAAGAAAAAAGAUAAAAAGGAAAAGAAAACAAAAGAAAAGAAAGAGAAGAAAGAAAAAAUACCAAAAGAACCCAAACCACCGAAGGAACCGAAACCUCCAAAGGAACCAAAACCACCGAAAGAACCGAAACCACAAAAGGAACCUAAGGCGCCUAAAGAACCGAAACAGCCCAGGAAGAUUCACUUCAACUGGAAUAUUCAACCAAUGUUCAAGUCGUCUCUUGUAAAGCUUCUUUGUGGGCUUUAUGCUCUGAUAAUUGUGGUGCUUGGGAUUGUAUUUGCUACGGCAAAUUCACUGACGUCACAGGAAAGGGUACACAGAUAUUACCUCGAGGUGUUCCUUGUAUACCUGUAUACUGGCUCACUUCUUGUACUGCUGUACUUCCAAGUGGUUCUCCUACGCGGGGUCAAGGUCAAAAACAGCUACUUUGAAACCAAUGUAAUUAAAGUGUCGAUACGGCCAGAUGGAAGCAUACAGAAAUCUCCAACAGCUACACCUACCCCACACAGGGCACACGAGAUCAUUGCUGAUGAUGCUUUACUGGAAAAUGGGCGUGGUGCUGAAGAGAUAUCAUUGGCUAGUCGCCACAGUCAGCUGGUCCUUCCGAUCGAUGGUGGAGUGGCUCACGUUGGAGAGGGAAUCAACUUUUACUUAAGACUUGGAGCUUUAGCGUUUGCGUUUGGAAGUGUGACGUUGGAUGGUCUGCAUAUUGCGUCAUAUUUUGAGACACCUGAUCAAAAGUCAUGUGACAGUAACAUCUUCAUUUUGGUCUAUGUCAUGCACUUGCUUUUCACUUUCGUGCAGACGUAUUUCCUCUUCAAAAAUCAUAAGUUGGUCAUUGACAAAUGGAAGGCAAUGGUUAGAUUUGGAAUGAUGCAUCUCAUGGCGACAAACUUGUGUGUCCUACUGGUUACCGCCAUCACGGAAACUGCCGAAGAUUACCGACAACAGGAUUAUAUUCAGAAAAAUUUAACUUCUGUGGGAAUGAAGUUGAAGAGCUGUUACGAGGAUAUCACACUUGCACGAUCGGCAUCGCCCUACCUAUUUCCGUGCACGAUUAUAUACAGUAUCAUUGCGGCUGGUAUCAUCUAUAGGUUAUAUCAGUAUGUUGGGGUCAAGGUCAAACAGAGAUGGCCUAGUCAUACCUCAUUGACAAGUUCAGUUCCACAGGGUGCUACAGGGAUCGAUUGCGACAAGGCAAACAAGGGUUUGUUCAUGGGACUUCUAGUUGCUGUGCUGACCCUUAUUGCCAUUGCAACAUUCUUCGUGUUUGAGAAUCGAAUUUCUGAUUCAUCCACCGCUAUCAAGGUUUUCUACGUCACAGAACUUGCUCUUAUGGUCGUCACGGGCGUUGGGAUAGUCUUGGGAUACAAGCGUUUGGCUACACUGAAGUUCUUGCCUACGUACUUCCUGUCAGUUGAUUCGGUCUUACUCAUCGUGGCGCUUGCAGGGUCAUACAUUUAUUUGUUCUUCAUACUCAUUUCUGUACUUUCAAGUGAAGAGCUCAUGGAAGUUGUAGGUGUUUUAUCCGUGGUCACAAUCGUUUUGGCGCUCAUUCAAAUCACGUUGCAGAUCGUAUUCAUCUUAGAUGGACUUUGUCGUUGCGCGGAGAAUGAUGUUCAAAUGAGUGAUAAGCCCGGUCGCUCUGUGGUCACAUUCUUGUUGGUCUGUAAUCUAGCUAUGUGGGUGGUGAGCAUGUUUGAAAUUAAGAAAACACAAGUUCUACCAAUGCAUGAAACUUUCUACGGAAUAUUGGCGUGGAACAUCAUCACGCAUCUGUGUGUACCGCUCUUGAUAUUUUUCCGUUUUCACUCUGCCAUCUGCCUCUCAAAGAUCUGGUACAACGCUUAUCAGAAAGAAAAACAAACCUGAAUGCAGUCUGUAUUGUAUCUCAAUUUAUUUUUGUAAACAAAGUGUGGAACAAAAGAGUUGAACUGUAAUUAAGGCAGCAUGUAUGAAUGUAAUUUACUUACCGAAAAAUCUUAAUAUUUACCCAUAAUCUCAGGUACAAUUCGAAUUAUCCGUCCAGUUGUGUCAAAGAGACCAUCGUGCUACAUAAACAUCAUAAAACAUUGUUAUUUCGAAAACUGCCGUGUACCUACUCUUCAGCUUAGUUUAACAUGCAUCUGUAUGAAAGAAUAGCUUUUUUCUUAAUGAAUAUUUCAAAAAGGCACUGAAAUGUCGUCUGCAAUACGGAUAUACAUGUUACAUGUAUUUGGAUAUAUUUUCAAGCCUACAUUGAUUAAUGCUAUAAGAAUUUUACAUACAUUAUGCCAGUUGGAACUAUGUAUGAACAUUUGAAAGAAUGUGUAUAGUGAAACUUAAUAUUCGUAAUUUAUUUAUUGUGAUUUUGUAGUUUGGAUUCAUAAAUGAGAAAAUGAGAGUUGAUGUAAUCAUAUAAUUAUGUAUAUUCUAUAUAAUUGAUAUGUGUAUUUUAUGCAAGUGAAUAUUAUGUUUACAUAUAGAAUAGAACACUUUAGGACACUUUGUAAGUAGAUAAUAUAUUUCAUACGUAUGUCUGUACUCCAUGUUCUUUAAAUAAAUAUUGUAAAAUAAAAGACAA